AUGCUCCUGCUGGUUCCGCCCAUCUUCUCUCUGUUGUGUGUGUGUGUGUGUGUGUGUGUGUGUGUGUGUGUGUGUGUGUGUGUGUGUGUGUGUGUGUGUAUCAUUCUGACACGUGGUAGCACUAUCUUUGUGCAAAGUGUGGCUUUUGUGACGCUUGUACCUGUUUUGGCGACACCUGCCGGGGCGCGCGCGCACACCACUCAAAGACCGAAAAGGGCCAUGUCUAAGAUUACCACGCCCUAUACCAUCCUUUGCUACGGCGAUAGCAACACUUGGGGUUAUGAUGCCGUGACCCAGACGCGACUCGGCGUGGAUGUGCGAUGGACGCGCCGCCUCCAAACCAUGCUGGGACCAGCUUUUGACGUCAUUGAAGCAGGCCUCAACGGGCGUACUACCUGCCUGGAUGAUCCUUUGGGCUCGGCCAACGCCACUUACUCUUGCAAUGGCCGCACUGCCCUUCCUGUCGUGCUGCACACCCACAAGCCUAUCGAUGCGGUGAUACUCUCCUUGGGAGGCAACGACCUGCAAGACCGCUUUCGCAUGACCGCGCCGUUGAUUCGUGAUGCGCUGCGCAACCUCAUGCUGGAUAUGCGCCGCCACACCGUCACCCGCGCAGAGCAACCCCUGCAGAUUAUUUUGUGCUCACCGAUUCGCCUCGAGCUGACGCCCAUUGCCCGUGACUGGGGUUUCAGUGAGACCUCAGCCGCGACGGCGCUAGCCUUGCCCCCCCUACUGGCAGCCCUAGCCGGUGAAAUGAAGGUGCUAUACCUAGACUGUUUGGCUCUUUUUGAACCAGACCCCUACGACGGCGUUCACUUCCGAGUCGAGGACCACGAUGCCAUUGCUUCACAGCUCGUGAACAAGAUUGCAACCAUCCCCAACGCUCCGCCCCCCUUGUUCAUGUCCCCGGCUUCGAAGGACACUCCCACAAAACUCGACCAUUGA